AUGAGCGGCGACGAGGACUGGAACAAACUCCUUCAGGAUCAUCCCAUAUUCACUCUACCAACAGCCUUCAGUGGACCCGUCGCAAGGUCACAAUCAUCGCUUGAACUUUCUACGUCCACCCUCCCCAAUUUCACCGACCUCGAUCUCACAGAUGACGGCGCAACACCAUCCGGACGACGGCAGGUUAUGGUCCUCAAAGAUGCUGAACUUAUCGUGGCGGCUGGGAAAGAAAUUAGGAUGACGUCCCUUGGCGAUCUCAAACUAAGUCAGCGCACGAAAAAUACAUACAAGACGCUACAUACACCUAACAUCCAAUUCGAAAUACACCAAAUUUCCUUGAACCCAAGCGGGAAACUUCUGGCCGUUGCAGGUGCCUUUCAAGUUGCUGUCGUCGUCUUGCCUCGUGCUGGCUUUAUUCGACUUGUCCCAGACGUCGUAGAUUGCAAAUCUGUACAAGUUGGCCAGUUCUAUCACGCGUCCAAAAAUCCUGCGUCUGUUGCGAAAAUCGACUGGCAUCCAUGGGGAGAUGCUGGUUCUACUUUGUUGGUCAUGACCAGUGAUGGAAAGUUAAGAGAAUAUGAUAUCUCUUUGGACACUGAAGAGCCACAACAAGUUUUGUCGUUCGUUCCUGAGAAGAAGACGAAAUCUUUUGUAGCUGACGACGGGUCAGAACGAGAAGUGGUGUCAUUCGUUCUUGGGAAAGGAAGGGCUGAUUGGGGCCCCCUCACGAUGUAUUCCCUCAUGAAGUCAGGCGAUAUCUACGCUAUCUGCCCUUAUAUGCCUAAAAAUUCCUCCAUCCCAUCAUCUUAUAUCCAUUCUCUUGAGUGUUUUAUAGCGGCAAAACAAGAGUUCCUUGCGCAAGGAACCUCGACGACAGGGCGGGAUAUCUCAACCUUGUAUGACUAUCAACGCAAAUUCAUUACGGCUCUCACAAGACAACUUCCUGCUGGUACCGUUUUCCCAGCUGCGUCACGAACAUUUCUCGUACAUCCUCCGACAACCAUUAAAUCUACACCCACGAGACAAGGCCCAUUCCUUCUGCAACCCUCUCCGAGGACAUUGGAAGGCAGCGACGGAGGAGACGCUACCGACAUCUCGUAUCUCGCAUUCGGAACUGAUGAGCAGCCAGAAGAAGAUGGCGGAGAAACAGAGCAUUUGGGAGUUUUGUUGGUUUCAUAUCAAGAUGGUAAGGUUGAUGUUUUCCUUGACGUUGAGAAAGUUGAAGCACGGUGGGAUGUCAAACAAUCUUCGAGUCGCGAUCUCCCAAUGCUCGCUGUCUACGAAACAAUUGAUCUUGGGCUGGUAUCCACAUUAAAUUCAAUAUCGCCCGCCCCGAACCAACCCCCUUCCCUUGACCUGUUGACCGGUAACCACCCAACAUUUUUAACGGAUCCAAUCCACGAUGAUGUGGUGUACGUCUACCAUGCAUUCGGAGUUCAUGCGUUGGAUAUUGGACCGCUUCUGCAGGGCCUAUCCGCGGCCCUUCGUGCGGACGAUGAGUCUGAAAAGUCAUUAACGUCCGCGCUGCAACGGUCUUUGGGGACCGUUGUCAAGCCCAUAUUAACUACCUUCUCCGUCGAAAGAAGGUGCUCAAAUCCUGUCGUUGCCGUCGCUAUUCCCAACGACGUCUAUCUGACGUACAGUGUAUUUAUAUUGACGUCUGUGAUGCGCAUUACAGUGUUUCCGUUGAAUCUUCGGUCUGAAUCACCGCGGUCAAGGCCUGUUGCACUCGAGGAUGGUGUUGAUGUUCCGCCUCCCCUUGGAAAAAGCCAAUGGCUGACCCCGGUUGAGGGGCAGUCAACAUAUGUAUCUCUGCUAGGUGGCGAACCCUAUAAACCACCCCCUUUUCUUGCUCCAUCCUCGGGGUUUUCCCCAAUCCCGAAACUCUCUUUGCCUCCCAGCUCAUCAGAUUCAAAGGGAUUUACUCUGACUCCUGAUACAUUACGAUAUAUUGCAACCACCGUAGCCCAGAUCACCGGCCAUAUCCACGAGACUCAUUUGGCUUAUCGAGCCGCAGAUCUUCGUGCGUCCUUGCAGAAACAGGAAUUGGUUCGCUUGUCGAACAAGUGCAAGGAAAUGGAGACAACCAUACUGAAACUCAAAGGUGUCACCAAAGAUACAACUGAGGCACGAAUCAAGAGGAUCGAAGACAAGCAAAAGAGUCUACUGGCGAGAUUGGACAGGAUGUUGCAAUCCUUGAUGGAGAAGGCAUCGCCGGACUUGAGUGAACAUGAAACAAAGUGGUUUGAAGAGUUGAAGCGAAUGAAGGAGGAUAUUAUUGGAGCUGGAAGAUACGAUGAAGGGUCACUCGUUGCCAGGACCAGGCUGCUUGAACAAGAAUAUGCUCGUUUAGCACCUGCUUUAAAGAACAUACUCGAGAAAGAGAAACUACGGAAGGAUAAAGUUGUUGAAAAUAACCAACAGCUUGGGUUUUCACAGGCCUUUGAGUAUGGGGAGCGUUCAAAUCUGGAGCGGACGAGAUUGUCGUCUGUGAAACAAGAUAUUGUCAGACUUGCACUGAAAGUGGACGUGCCUUUGGGGCGGAUUCAAUGA